UAAGAUCGGGGAAGAGCGAAGGAGCACUUACCAAUUGAGUGGUUUCAAAUUUACAAAUUUUAUGUCCCUUAUAAAUAUUGAUUUUGUCGUUCUUCUUCCAUCUCAGUUCUUCCCUUCCGACAAGUGCCUAAGCUGAAUGGCGUCGUUUUUGUCUAUUCUCCCUGCCGUUUCUGCUCGUCCCAUUCCCAGUGCUUUCCGCCUCACAAGACCUUCUUUUCAAACCCAACCCACCUUGCAUUCCAAAAAUCACCGGUUUGCAGUUAGCUGUAGUUAUGCAGAAGCAGGUGUCAAUGCUGAUUCUAAAUCUAACACCAUAGAUGUUGUGGCUGAUGUUAAAAGUGAACGGAUUGUAGUCUUAGGAGGGAAUGGCUUUGUUGGUUCUGCCAUAUGCAAGGCAGCAGUAUCUAGGGGCAUAGAGGUCAUUAGCCUAAGCAGGUCAGGGCGACCCACUUAUGCCGAUGCAUGGGUAGAUCAGGUUACUUGGAUUUCAGGAGAUGUUUUUUAUGUAAACUGGGAUGAAGUACUUGUUGGAGCUACUGCAGUUGUUUCAACACUUGGAGGGUUUGGUAGUGACGAACAGAUGAAAAGAAUUAAUGGCGAGGCUAAUGUUGCGGCUGUGAAUGCUGCAAAGGAAUAUGGAAUUCCCAAAUUCAUCUUGAUCUCAGUUCACGAUUAUAACUUGCCGUCAUUUUUACUUUCCUCCGGGUACUUCACUGGAAAGAGGAAAGCAGAAUCCGAGGUGCUCUCGAAAUACCCUAAUUCAGGUAUUGUCUUAAGACCUGGGUUCAUAUAUGGGAAAAGGAGAGUGGACGGUUUUGAGCUUCCUUUGGAUUUGGUAGGGGAGCCAGCAGAAAAAAUUCUUCGAGCAGUAGAGAACUUCACCAAACCUUUAAGCUCUCUUCCUGCUUCUGAUCUACUCUUGGCUCCACCUGUUAGUGUUGAUGACGUUGCAUUGGCAGUUAUCAAUGGUGUCACAGAUGAUGACUUCUUUGGCGUUUUUACAAUUGAUCAGAUUAAGGAAGCUGCCAAUAAAGUACGGGUAUGAUCCACAUACAUGUGGCAAGUCAACCGAUAUAAAGCUGCAAUUACAAAAUACGUACAGGGAGUAACUAUAUUGAGGCCAUUUUCCUCAUUUCGUUAAUAGCAGUAGCUUUUGGAGAAAAAUCUUGAAAAGUUUGGGGAUUGUGGUGUUAAAAACAUAUAUAAUGCAAUAAACGAGUUUCUCACUUCUA